AUGGAAGCAUCAGACGUUCGUCUCAUUGAGACUGAGCCUUGUCUUGAUUACGAUUUGGAAGCUACUUCGCCACCCGUUUGCACCGUGGAAAGGGGCAUCAAUUUCAAUGGGUUAGGCGAAGCGGGCCAUGAGCCAUUCUUUCUUUCUAUCUCCUGCAUCCUACUCCGAGCCUUUGCUCUUUGCCCCAAAAAUAUCAAAAUUUCGUCCAACGGCUCUUGGAACGAGUAUACCUGGGAAAAUGCCCGUGAGCUUUACCGGAGUCUUUGGCCCAGUGAAUGCAUUCACUGCCCUUGGGAUAACGAGACCGAUGAUUCCGAUGAAGAUGAAUUUGAACGAGAAUUAAGAAAGAAACGCCUGAAACUCCCACCUAAGAAGGCUUCCAAAAACAAGAACCAGAGUCGGGCCAUUAGACAAAGCCGGCUAAAGUUAAGGACCGGGAUGCGUAGCAUUCGUGCUAGUCCGAUGUCAGGAGUUUCCAUGGUUCGAUUUGACGCCAUUCGGGAUAAAAUUUCCCAUUGCGCAACAAGCUAUGAACACCAGAAAUGCUACCCAGACUCGCUACGGUGGCGCAAUUUCCCCGGAAUCCGGUUUCGACUCAUUGAUGUCCGCCGAAAAUGUGUCGUGGAUGCUCCUAAUGACUUGCCUUUUGCAGUUCUGUCAUAUGUUUGGGGCAGCGUGGAUCAGGUCAAGCUCACGUCUGCGAAUAUUCGUGAGCUGUCUCGACCGCAAGGGUUGGAGUCGGUAUGGAGCCAAAUCCCAACGACAGUCCGAGAUGCCAUGAUGGUAUGUGAGCGUCUUGGGGAAGCCUAUCUAUGGGUAGAUGCGCUAUGUAUUUUGCAAGACUCUGCCCGUGAUAGGAAGAUUCAGAUCUUACGCAUGCGGUCCAUCUAUUCGGCAGCCACAUUUACUAUUGUUGCAGUAUCUGCCAAAGAUGCCCAUGAGGGCUUGUUGACAAAACGAGCGGGCGCAGUUUUGCCAGGCUGCCGCUCUGUCGAAGACUUCGAGGCUCUCUUAGCAGCGUCAGCUUGGAGUAGGAGAGGCUGGUGCUAUCAAGAGCAAGUGUUGUCUCAUCGAGCUAUCUUGUUCACCGCCAAUGGAAUUUUCUUCCAAUGUCAAGAAGCGUUGUACGACUUGGAAGGCGUACAGCUACCGGAGCCAGAGUUCCCAUCAACAUCACUCAGCCCAUCACAGAGAGUGGGAGGUCUUUUGAACAUUCCGUACGGGGAAAGUCUAGAAUACUUUCUCUCUGCCGUGGAACUCUACUCAAAGCGGAACUUCACCUACGCAAACGAUAAGAUUUCAGCUUUUCAGGGAGUAUUUCACCGGCAUGAAGGCCUGAUGGACGGCAAAAGCUCUAUGUUCCACUUUGGUUUACCAACAUGUGCUUUCGAUCAAACUUUCUGCUGGGAAACGCCUAAACAUAAUCCCCAUCUUCGGAACCCAAACUUUCCUAGUUGGUCCUGGCUUGGCUGGGAUGAUGGAGUCAUCUUUGAUAGGAGCCUCAUUCGCACAACUCGUACGAGCCAGAUUCUUGGAGCAGAUCUCCCUCCAGGCUUCUUCACUCCGCGAAAUACGCAUCCUUCGUACAAGCUUCGCAAGCCAAUGAUGGAGCCUCGUGCUCACAACGAGACCUUUGGCUUUCCCGCCAGUAUCAAUCGGGGACUCAUUAUUGGUCACACCUUCCCCGAUAUACCGAUGUGCACGAGUUCAGCACAUCUCGUGAUUUCAGCGUGUGCAGAACGAACGAGACAUAGCGAUAGUCUAUAUGCUGUCUUCCCAACUCUUUGCAGGCAAAGUACCGCCGUCCAGGUGUCUGAGCUUGUAUGUAUCCAGACGCAGCCACCAUCCGCUUCAGACUCUACCUUGAACCAAGAGAGCAGGCAAUACGAUAUACAUGAUCAUGACGACCAUGGAGAUUGUGUAGCAAAAACACCAUUAGGCUACAUAUGGUUGGACUCCAAUUGGCGAGAAUGUCAGGCGGAGGUUCAAGUCAUGAAGUUCAUUGCUCUCAGUGGCUACGAAGUCCCUGGAGGGUUAGGCGCGUGGCAAAUCACCAAAUUAAUGUGUCUACUGGAACUUAAUUCAGGGCCUGUCUAUGAACGACUUCAAGUUAUGAGUUGCUCCAUACACGAAAAUCGUUGGCUGGAAGCCGGUGGCUUUUUUGAUAUGUUGUUUAUUCAGUAG